UCACUUGCAAUUGAAUAGCAAAGCCCAGCAGUUGCAGGAAAAACCCUGUGCAGUGAAUUGAAUUCUCCCUAAGAGUGGAAAUCUAAUGUAACGUGUACAUAAGAUGAACCAAGUAACCGAGAUACCCCAGAGAGAUGUCCCCGUCCUCUUUAUUCCCAGGAUUGUACAGAGGAGAAUCACAGGACCCCACAGGAGUAUAAGGGUGAUUACUUGGCUGAUAUUAAGGUAGAAGAUAUGAAGGAAGAAGAAGAGACAUAUAUGAGGGGCUAUCAGCAGUGUAAGGAGGAGGAAAUCCCUACAGAUAUCAGCACAGAUGGAGCCAGUAACAGAGAUACCCCAGAGAGAUGUCCCCGUCCUCUGUAUUCCCAGGAUUGUACAGAGGAGAAUCAUAGGACCCCACAGGAGGAUCAGGCUGAAAAACCAACUUAUAUCAAGGUAGAAAAUAUGAAAGUAGAAGAGACGUAUGUGAGGGGUGAUCAUCAGUGUAAGGAGGAGGAAAUCCCUACAGAUAUCAGCACAGAUGGACCCAGUAACAGAGAUUCCCCAGAGAGAUGUCCCCGUCCUCUUUAUUCCCAGGACUGUACAGAGGAAAAUCCCAGUACCCCACAGAAGGAUCAGGGUGAUGACCUUGCUGAUAUUAAGGUAGAAGAUAUGAAGGUAGAAGAAGAGAUGUAUGUGAGGGGUGAUCAGCAGUGUAAGGAGGAGGAAAUCCCUACAGAUAUCGGCACAGCAGGUGCACACAAAAGAAGGAAGAUAUCGGAUGGACAUCUCAUUUUAUCUGCAGAUUUUAAACAAGAAGAUAACAUCAUAGGAAACUCUCCAGGAGAAACCACCAUUAUACUAAAUAUACAUCCAGUUCAUCACAGUGCAGAUAUGUCCUCUCAUCCCUCUAAUGAUGUGGACUGCUCUUCUGAUAAGUCAGAUAUUGUUACACAUAGUACAGCUCAUACAGGUGAUAUAGAUUUUUCCUGUUCUGAGUGUGGGAAGCAUUUCAGAUAUAAAUCAGCUCUUGCUGCACAUGAGAGAUGUCACACACGUGAGAAGCAAUUUCCAUGUUCUGAGUGUGGGAAAUGUUUUAAACAGAAAUCAGGUCUUGUGACACAUCAGAGAAUUCACACAGGUGAGAGGCCAUUUCCAUGUUCUGAGUGUGGGAAAGGUUUUAAACAGAAAUCACAACUUGUUAUACAUAAGAGACUUCACACAGGUGAGAAUCCAUUUUCAUGUACCGAGUGUGGGAAAUGUUUUGCUACUAAAGCACGUCUUCUUAGACAUCAGGGAUGUCACACAGGUGAGAAACCAUUUCCAUGUUCUGAGUGUGGGAAAUAUUUUAGAGAUAAAUCUGCUCUUGUUGUACAUCUGAGAAGACACACCGGUGAGAAGCCGUUUCCAUGCUCACAGUGUUCCAUGUCUUUUACGCAAAAAUUGAUACUCCUUUAUCAUCAAAAAAAGCAUGCAGGUGAGGAGCCAUUCCAGUGCUCUGAGUGUGGGAAAUGUUUUACACAGAAAUCAGCUCUUGUUGUACAUCAGAGACGUCACACAGGUGAGAAACCAUUCCAGUGUUCUGAGUGUGGGAAAUGUUUUACACAGAAAUCGGCUCUUGUUACACAUCAGAGAAGUCACACAGGUGAGAAUCCAUUCCAGUGCUCUGAGUGUGGUAAAAGUUUUACACAGAAAUCAGCUCUUGUUGUACAUCAGAAAAGUCACACAGGUGACAGACCAUUUCUAUGUUCAGAGUGCGGAAAAAGUUUUACACACAAAUCAAAACUUUUUAAUCAUCAAAGAAGGCACACAGGUGAGAAUCCAUUUACAUGUACCGAGUGUGGAAAAUGUUGUACAGAGAAAUCGGACCUUGUGUCACAUCAAAGAAUUCACACAGGAGAGAAGCCAUAUUCAUGUUCGGAGUGUGGGAGACUUUUUGGACAUAAAUCAGCUCUUGUUAAGCAUCAGAUAACUCACACAGAGGAGAAGCUAUAUUGUUCUGAGUGUGGGAAAUGUUUUACACAGAAAUCCAGUCUUGUUACACAUCAGAUAAUUCACACAGGGAAUAGCCCAUUUCCAUGCUCUGAGUGUGAUAAAGGCUUUGCAUAUAAAUCCGCUCUUGUUACACAUCAGAGAAGUCACACAGGGGAGAAGCCAUUUUCCUGUUCUGCGUGUGGGAAAUGUUUUGCAUACAAAUCAGCUCUUGUUAUACAUCAGAGAAGUCACACAGGGGAAAAGCCAUUUUCAGGGGAAGAAGCAGCCUCUCUAAAGAAACAGGCUGAAAAAAACCCAUCUCGACAGUCUACACAUGUUUCAGAUGAGGAUUCGUCGGAGGAUGAAGACUCGUUAAACUCUGGUUCUGCAUACGAUGAGGAGGAACGUCUCAGCUCAGUGGACAUAUCGGAGUUAAUUAAGGAUUGCACAGUAGUGAAGAAGAAAUCCGGAGGGGGAGAAUAUAGAGGACCACAGGGUCUGUACAAGAACGUGAUGAUGGAGAAUCACCUGCCCCUCAUGUCACUGGAAGGACCCAGUAACAGAGAUACCCCGGAAAGAUGUCCCCGUUCUUUUUAUUCCCAGGAGUGUACAGAGGAGAAUCAUAGGACCCCACAGGAGGAUCAGGGUGAUGACCUAACUGAUAUCAAGGUAGAAAAUAUGAAGGAAGAAGAGACGUAUGAGAGAGGUGAUCAUCAGUGUAAAGAGGAGGAAAUCCCUACAGAUAUCGGCACAGAUGGACCCAGUAACAGAGAUACCCCAGAGAGAUGUCCCCGUCCUCUUUAUUCCCAGGACUGUACAGAGGAAAAUCACAGGACCCCGCAAGAGGAUCAGGGUAAUAACCUGGCUGACAUUAAGAAAGAAGAUAUGAAGGAAGAAGAAGAGACGCAUGUGAAGGAUGACCUGCAGUGUAAGGAGGAGGAAAUCCCUACAGAUAUCAGCACAGCAGGUGGUCGCGAAAGCAGAAAUCCAUUGGAGCAACAUGUCAUAUCGUCUCCAGAUUUUAAAAUUGAUGACAUCAUAGGAGAUUCUCCUGGAGAAAUCCACAGUUCCCUAAAUAUGCGUCCAGUGUAUCACAGUUUAGAUAAGUCCACUCUUUCCCCUAAACAUGUGGACUGGUCUUUUGAUAACUCAGAUAUUGUUACACAUAGUACAGCUCAUACAGGUGCUAUAAACUUUUCCUGUUCUGAGUGUGGGAAAUGUUUUACACAGAGAACAAAUCUGUAUAGACAUAAGAAAAGUCACACAGCUGAGAAACAAUUUCCAUGUGCUGAGUGUGGGAAGUGUUUUAUACAUAAAUCAUAUCUUGCUAUACAUCAGAGAAGUCACACAGGUGAGAAGCCAUUUCCAUGUCCAGAAUGUGGAAAAACUUUCAGUCAUAAAUCAGGUCUUGUUAGACAUCAAAGAACUCACACAGGUGAGAAACCAUAUACAUGUUCUGAGUGUGGGAAAUGUUUCGGACAUAAGUCACAGCUUGUGACACAUCAGAAACUUCAUUCAGGUGUGGAACCAUUUCCAUGUUCUGAGUGUGGGAAAUGUUUUGCCGUUAAAGCAUGUCUUCUUAGACAUCAGGGAAGUCACACAGGUGUGAUGCCAUUUCCAUGUUCUGAGUGUGGAAAACGUUUCAGAGAUAAAUCCGCUCUUGUUGUACAUCAGAGAAGUCACACAGGUGAGAAACCGUUUCCAUGUUCUGAGUGUUCCAAAUGUUUUAAACACAAAUUUCAACUUAUUACUCAUCAAAAAUGGCACACUGGUGAGAAACCAUUUGCAUGUCCUGAGUGUGGAAAAUGUUUUAUACAGAAGUCAGAGCUUAUUACACAUCAGAGACAUCAUACAGGUGAGAAGCCAUAUCCUUGUUCUGAAUGUGGGAAAUGUUUUACGCAGAAGACACAUCUUGUUACACAUCAGAGAACUCACACAGGUGAGAAGCCAUUUACGUGUUUUAAGUGUGGGAAAUGCUUUACGGAGAAAUCUGUUCUUGUUACACAUGAGAGAAGUCACAUAGGUGAGAAGCCGUUUUCCUGUUCUAAGUGUGGGAAAUGUUUUACACAGAAAUCUGGUCUUCUUACACAUGAGCAUAUACACACAGGUGUGAAGCUGUUUCCAUGCUCUGAGUGUGCCAAAUGUUUUACACAGAAAGCAGCUCUUGUUGUACAUCGGAGAAAUCACACAGGUGAGAAACCAUAUCUUUGUUCUGAGUGUGGGAAGCGUUUUGCACAUAAACCACAUCUUGUCACACAUCAGAGACGUCACACCAUUGAGAAACCAUAUCCUUGUUCUGAGUGUGGAAAAUGUUUUGGACAUAAAUCUCAGCUGGUGGCACAUCAGAGACGUCACACAAGUAAAAAGCCAUUUAAAUGUCUUGAGUGUGGGAAAUGUUUUAUACAGAAAUCAGAACUUGUUACACAUCAGAGACAUCACACAGGGGAAAAGCCAUUUACAUGCCAUGAGUGUGGGAAAUGUUUUAAACAGAAAUCAGAGAUUCUUUCACAUCAGAGAACUCACACAGGUGAGAAACCAUUUCCAUGCUCAGAGUGUGGGAAAUGUUUUACACAGAAAUCGGCUCUUGCUACACAUCAGAGAAUUCACACAGAUGACAAACCAUUUUCCUGUUCUGUGUGUGGGAAAUGUUUUGCUCAAAAAAUAAAUCUGAUUAGACAUAAGAAAUCUCAUUCAGGGGAAGAUCAAUUUUAAUGAGCAGAUUUACAUGAAACGGCAUUUUAGAGACACUAAAUAUGGUAAAAGCUGUUGAUAUUGAUAUAACUUAGAAAAAUGGGCAUGAAAACAUUAACAAAUAUUAUAUCCGAAGAUGUAUUGAUAUCACUGAGUUAUGGAUGAUACUGUAGAUUAUCAACAUAAGCCUGGAAUCAUCACUUAAAUGUGGAACUUUAUUGCAGUAUCCUUAUUCUAUUGAAAAUCAGCAUCCCUCCCCACAGUAAUAACAGACCACAUUUUUAUAGGUUUGGUAUAGGUCAACACCAUAAUGUCAAUGUUCUGAGUGUGUCGACAAGAUGCAUGUUGACUGGUUAGGUUUUAGGUUAACCCUACUUUCAGCAUGUUAAUAUUUUGACUGUGGACACUCAGAAUGUCUAGUCCACAGGUUCUCAAACUUGGUCCUCAGGACCCCACACAGUGCAUGUUUUGCAGGUAAACCAGCAGGUGCACAGGUGUAUUAAUUACUCAUUGACACACAUUAAAAGGUCCACAGGUGGAGUUAAUUAUAUCACUUGUGAUUCUGUGAGGAGACCUGCAAAACAUGCACUGUGUGGGGUCCUGAGGACCGAGUUUGAGAACCUAUGGUCUAGUCCAGAGGUUCUCAAACUCGGUCCUCGGGGGCACACACAGUGCAUGUUUUGCAGGUAAUCCAGCAGGUGCACAGGUGUAUUAAUUACUCACUGACACAUUUUAAAAGGUCCACAGGUGGAGCUAAUUAUUUCACUUGCGAUUUUGUGAGGAGACCUGCAAAACAUGCACUGUGUGUGCCCCCGAGGACCGAGUUUGAGAACCUCUGAUCUAGUCAUUAUGACGGGUGUAGUACUGGUGACCGGCGGGCUCCUGACCGCCGGUCACCUUACCUAUGCCGGGAUCCCGGCAGCAUACCGACGCCGGGAUCCCGGCGGGGAGGGGCGAGUGCAGAAAGCCCCUUGCGGGCUCGCUGCGCUCGCCACGCUGCGGGCUCGGUGGCGACCUGCGGUCGCCACGUGUUCUAUUACCACUCUAUGGGUGUCGUGGACACCCACGAGUGGAAAUAGUCCCUGUUGGUCGGCAUGCCGACCAUCGGGAUAGUGAGCCGUCGGGCUCACGGAGGAGGUCAUGUGACUGUCGGUCAGCUGACCGGCGGUCACAUGAAUACCACCCAUUAUGACUACAUCCCUAUUUUUAUAUAGGUUCCUAAGUAUUAUACACUGAAGAUGUGAAAUUGUUCAAAUUAUAAACUCUGAAACCAUUUGAAAUGCUGCAAACAUAUAGGCCUACUGUGCAUUGCAAUGUUGUGGCUACUUUUGUACAGACAUACCCAUUAAUACAGGUACAGGCAUGGCCUGUGGUGCGAAGCUGUGUCGGGAUGGGUAAAAAAAAGUGGAUCCAACCUUCUAUUGCAUUCAUGUCUAAAUGUUAGAUUUUGUUUUGAGAGUGUCUCUAUGUUGGCCUUUCUGGUUAGUGGGUUUCUGCAGGGCCUUCCCCCUGAAAAACAACCAGGAUUUUACAUAUGCUUAGAGUUGGUCAGAAUGUUUGUAAAUAGGAUGCAUUUUGUUCCUUCCUGGCACAAUUUAAUAUAAAAAAGAAAUAAAUACAUUUUAUAGGUCAUAAAAUUACUAGAGAUGAGCGGGUUCGAAUGUAACGCCAGAAUUAACGUCAGUUCGGUUUUAUCCGGAUGUUUCUUAUUGGCUAUCCAAAACACAUGACGUCCGUGAGCCAAUAAGAUGCCGUUUUGAGAACCGAGUAAAUCCGAGUAAAACCGAACCCGCUCAUCUCUAAAAAUUACCAUGUGGUUAUGUACCAGUGCACACCGCCUGGCUGUACUGAUUUGGUGGAACAGUCCCAGAUCAUGGAUAACGAGAUGGGUGUGGUUUUGUUCAGAUACUGGUGUUUAGGGGAUGAUUGGGGUGGGGCUUAUUUUAUUCCAGUUCUUCAUGUGUCUUUGUAGGGAGUUACAGUGUGCCUGUAUAUAAACUAUGACAAUAAAUAGGUGUAUUUGUGUCUACUUAAAUGAUAUGUG